AGCAAUUUUAUAUAGCUAUUUGUAUUUAUAGUACAGAUAUAAUAGAAUUUCUGUAAGGCUUUGUUUAAAAGUCUCCUAUGCAGUUGUGUCUCAAGUCAAUAAAAUUUGUGACUUUAUCCAGGUGUAGCCUCCCUCCGCCCAUCUAAUACACUUGUCCAUCCAGUCCUUACAGCCAGUGCACCUUACCUUCACACAUCCUCAACAGCAUAUACUGGAGGCAGUCUAAGCAGUGCUGAUGCUUUAGAGGUAUGCAAUGAAGUCGGCACAACAACCAGCACUGCGGUGUCAUUAUUUUGCUAUAUUCCUCAUCCAAACUUUAGUUGCCCUUGUGUUAUUCGGUUAUAAUCAUAUUAGUAAUAACCGCAUCAUAAACAAGGCUUCCAUCGCGACGAACUGCACGAAUUCCCCACCUCUUUCCAAGAAUGUUGUUGUCUUGUUAUGGACAUGGCCUUUUGGGACUCAAUUUUCAUUAGAUAAGUGUCCAAAACCCUUUGAUAGUCCCCGGUGCAUCCUCACAGCCAACCGUAGUUUGUACAACACAGCAAAUGCAGUUGUUCUUCAUCACAGGGAUGUAUGUGGAUCCAAAGACCAAAUGCCCCAGGUGCCAAGGCCUGAAGGACAAUAUUGGGUGUGGUUUAAUUUGGAAUCUCCAAGUCACAGUCCAAAUCUGCACUUCAUGGACAAACUCAUCAACCUCACUAUGUCCUUCCGCAUUGACUCUGAUAUCUUUACUCCUUAUGGAUGGUUAGAGCAGAAUGAAGUUGCUAUUAACUAUACAAUCCCAGAAAAGUCUAAGCUGGUGGCUUGGAUCGUCAGUAACUGGAACCCCCAUACCAGACGAGUCCAGCUUUAUGAGGACUUGAAGAAUUAUAUACCAAUAGACAUUUACGGUCGACAACAUAUAUCUUUAGCCACUGAGCAAACCGUUUCAGUUGUCUCUAAGUACAAGUUUUACUUCUCCUUCGAGAACUCAAUACACACAGACUAUAUAACAGAAAAACUCUGGCAUAAUGCAUUUGCGUCAGGAUGUGUCCCCGUGGUUCUCGGUCCACCCCGAGAAAACUAUGAGAGACUUAUUCCAUCUGAUUCAUUCAUUCAUGUGGACGACUUCCCCAGUGCAAAAGAGCUGGCUUCCUAUCUCCUCGAACUGGACAAAAAUGAUCAGAAAUACCAGGAAUACUUCAAAUGGAGAUCAAAACUGAGUCCAGUGACAGAAUUUUCUUGGAUUGUGCAUUACUGCAAAGCAUGUGUGGGACUACAUAAUGCCCCUUCGUAUAGAACCGCGUCAAGUCUUGGCAAAUGGUUCACAUGACAAGCAAACUUGUUCUCGCUGGGAAAAAAUUUUCCUAACUCAAUGAAAGAACCAAACUGACUCAACUGAUUCAAUAGGAAAACUGACUCAACUGAUUCAAUAGGAAAACUGACUCAACUGAUUCAAUAGGAAAACUGACUCAACUGAUUCAAUAGGAAAGCAUAACGUGUAAAGCGGAAAGUACAGUGGCCCAUAGCUGAUGUAAAUAUAUUGAUCCUUUCGUUACCAAGUGUCAUUUAAAGCUUAGAUGCCCAGACCAAUAUUAUCCACAUCGGGUAAAUCGGUGGUAAAAGUUAAAGUCAAGUUGACAGUUUGCAAGCGGGGUCUGAGAGUAAAGAAUGUGCACAAAAACGCA